AUGGAGGACGGUUUGGUAGAGCUUUCUAUAUACCCAGACGAGCAAUGCAGUUUGUGGUACUGUACGAGAAGAAGAGAUGAAGACAAUAUCGGUUAUUGUACUGAGGCUCACUUUGCUUUAUCGGAUCUCCAUGAGAACUUUGCUAUUCCUGCUCAUAUGUCAAACUUGUUUACACACUACCAUGUAACUGCAUUGCUCGUCUGCUUCUCAAAGUCCAGGCGUUCCAAACUUGGGCUGUCUACUGCCGAUCGAGAAGUUUCGCCACACGAGGAGGGAAUAUCGUGA